AUGUUGCCUUCUGACCACGAUCGAGAACAGGCGGCUCGACGAAUACAGCGCGCUUGGAGAGCCAAGCAUGAUACCAACGCAUUUCUGACGACCUCAGUCCGACUCAAUGAUUUCAAACUACACGCAUCCCUCACCGCGGCACGUGAAUCCGCAGCUGUUGGCGACAAUUCGCCCAAAGCUCGCUGGCAACGAGCGAUUCGCUUUACUUCGCGACUCCAGGAUGCUAAUCCAAUGCUUACGGAUAAUGGGGUUCAAGAUGACUCGGCUCCGCAGAAAAUCUUGGAGACACAGCAUUGGUUAGAGCUUGUGGAUGGGAAACAUCGUUACGGCUCGAACUUGAAGUGGUACCACAAAGUUUGGAGGGAAGCGGACACCACAGAGAACUUUUUUCAAUGGCUGGACCACGGCGAGGGGAAAUCACUGUCGUUGGAAGACUGUUCUCGGGAACAAUUGGAAAGCGAGAAAAUUGUAUAUCUUUCGACAGAACAGCGCUUGAACUAUCUCGUCGAGAUUGAUUCUAUAGGUCGAUUUCGCUGGGCAAGAAACCACGAACUUGUAGACACUACCCCAGGGAGAUGGAAGGAUUCUGGCAACGGACAGGGUAUUGUCCCUGAUACUGGGUCAAUUCGUGGAGCAUUAUUUCGAGGCGAAAGUCUUGGUUCAACAGACUCUGCUGCGCGGGAAGCAGCAGCCACCCACUAUGCAGGCGCUCGUGGCAGAUAUAAACUGACGCGCGAGUUUCGCAAGCGCUUCACGCUUCACGGAAUCGUCAAUCGGCUACUUAGGAAAACAGUGAAAAAGAACGUCUGGAUAUAUACCUCGGAUAAGCAUUUCAACAUAUUCGUAGGCAUAAAGCAGACAGGCACUUUUCAGCACUCUUCGCUCUUGGCCGGGGGCGUAGUGACCAGUGCUGGUCUCAUUUCCGUUAAAAUGGGAGUGGUCCACACACUUUCGCCAUUGUCAGGACAUUAUCGAACUUCAGUCGAUCAUUUUCACAAGUUUACUGACGUACUUGGAGAACGUGGAGUGGAUAUGAGCAAGGCUCGGAUUAGUAAAGCAGAGAUUGCCCUCUGGGGGAUUGAACAUAUCAAGAAGGCACAGAAAUCCAAACAGCAAAUGGUCGACAAGGGUAAGCAAGGUUUGAGGGACACCUUGAACAAAGUGGCCACAUUAGAUGUCUCUUGGAAGAGGGAAGUACUUGAAGGGCGUGAAGCAAAGAUACCCGAGCAAAAGGACUCAUAA